AUGGAUUACGCCCGCCAACUCUUUGACAAAAUGCCCGAGCGCAACAUCAUAACAUGGACUGCUAUGAUCGCAGCUUAUGCAAGGCAGAAACAGUCCGAGGAGGUAUUUUCUCUGUUUGAUCAAAUGCAGGGAGCAGGAAUUCAACCUGAUCAGCAUACUUUUGCAAGCGUGCUUAUGGCUUGUGCCAAUAAAGCGGCAUUAGAGCGCGGGAGAGACAUCCAUAGGGAGAUAGUUGCAAGGGGUUUCAAGACUGAUGUAUUUGUAGGGAGUGCCCUGGUUGAUAUGUAUGUGAAAUGUGGUAGCUUAGAGGAAGCACGUGAGAUUUUUGACAGUAUGCCCGUGUUGGAUGCAGUAGCAUGGGGUGUCAUGAUUGGAGGUUAUAUGCAGAAUGGGUUUUUUGAAGAAGCUCUGGGACUUUAUGAACAAAUGCAAUUGGUAGACACCAAGGCUAACACAUUUAUCUUCACCAGAGUUCUACAUUCCUGCGCCAUCUUGAAGAUGUUGGAACUGGGCAAGAAAAUCCAUGAAGAUGUUACUAGAGGUGGAUUUGAAUCAGAUGUCUUUGUAGGGAACUCGCUUGUUGACAUGUAUUGCAAAUGUGGUAGCAUCGAGGAUGCACGCAAUGUAUUUGACAAAAUGCCCGAGCGCAAUGUUAUUACCUACACUUCAAUGAUUUCAGGCUUUAUACAGUGUGGACGGAUGUGGGAGGCUGUUAAGCUCUUUGAGGAAACACCAGAUUCUAAUGUCAUGUCAUGGACUGCCAUGAUUUCAGGGUAUUUACAGAAUGGGUUUGUGGAUGAAGCUCUGAAACUCUUUCAGAAAAUGCCUGAAAGAGAUGUUAUUUCUUGGAGUGCAAUGAUUGUUGGACAUGCACAGAAUGGGCGUUUUCAUGAGUCUCUCGAGUUGUUUCAGAAAAUGCACACGUCUGGUGUGAAGGCAAAUCCUGAAACUUUUGCUGGCGUUCUUCCAGCUUGUACCAAUUUGACAGCUCUUCCUAUGGGCAUGGAGCUUCAUAAUCUCAUAGUUAAGCUCGGUUUACAAUCUGAUUUGUUUGUAGGAAAUGCUCUUCUAGAUAUGUAUGUUAAAUUAGGGAUAAUAGAAGACGCCUACAAAGUGUUUAUUGAAAUGUCAUGGCAGGAUGUUGUCUCAUGGAAUGUAAUGAUUGCAGGCUAUGCACACAGCGGGCAAUUUGAAAAGGCCUUAAAAAGUUUUCAACAUAUGCAAUUAAACAUUAUAGAGCCGAACUCAAACACUUUUGCCAGUGUUCUUCCAGCUUGUGGAAAUCUAGCAUCGCUCCUCUGGGGUGAGGAGGUCCAUAAGCAUAUAAUUAGAACUGGAUUUCAAUCUGAUGUAUAUGUUGGGAGUGCUCUUGUAGACAUGUAUGCCAAGUGUGGGAGAAUAGACAAGGCCCGCAAGAUGUUUGACAAAAUGCCUAAUCGUGACAUAGUUGUAUGGAAUGUGAUGCUUGCAGGGUAUGCCUUGCAUGGGUAUGGCAAUGACGCCCUCCAGCUUUUUGAACAUAUGGAGUGCCAUGGUGAGAGACCAGAUGAUCUCACCUUUCUUGGUAUUCUGACUGCGUGCUGCCAUGGAGGCUUUGUGGAUGAUGGUAGGAAAUAUUUUGACCGCAUGACUCGGUAUUACCAAAUAGAGCCUGCAUUGAAGCACUACGGGUGCUUGGUUGAUCUCCUUGGACGUGCUGGGCACCUGAAUGAGGCUCGAGAUUUGAUCAACAAAAUGCCGAUGAAACCUGACGUUGCUGUUUGGGGAUCUCUGCUUGGUGCUUGUGGAAUCCAUAUCAACAUAGAGGUUGGAGAAUAUGCAGCAGAACAUCUACUAGAGUUAGAUCCUACAAAUGGUUCACAUUAUGUGGCAUUAUCUAAUAUGUAUGCAGCAGCUGGUAGGUGGGAUGAUGUGAAAAGGAUAAGGAAAAUGAUGAAGGAUAGAAAUGUACUAAGAGUGCCAGGGUCUAGUUGGAUAGAGAUUAAUAAUCAGGUACAUGCUUUCCUCACAGGAGAUAAAUGA